CUCUCACCUCCAUCCACUGCUCGGACAACGCAAUGUAAGACAAAAACCAAACAGAACAUACACAAACCGUUAGCCCUCCAAGCCAAAAUGGACCGCCACAAAGCAGCAGUUGCGGCCAUAGCCUCCACGGUGCGCUCCCUCUUCCUCGCGCGCAAACCCUACCGCAUCAACCACGGCAGCACCAACUCGACCCGCCCGCGGCCCUCGGCAACACCGUCCGUCGACAUCUCGCCCCUGCGCAACGUCCUUGCCGUCGACCCGGCCCGCCGCGUCGCCCUCGUCGAGCCCAACGUCCCCAUGGACCGCCUCGUCGAGGCCACGCUGCCGCACGGCCUUGUCCCGCCUGUCGUAAUGGAGUUCCCCGGCAUUACGGCCGGCGGCGGGUUUGCGGGGACGGCCGGCGAGAGCAGCAGUUUUCGGCAUGGUUUCUUUGAUGAGUCGGUCAGUCGGGUCGAGAUGGUGCUUGCGGACGGCGAGGUUGUCGAGUUGACGCCCGAUGGGGAAAGGGCGGACUUGUUCCGGGGCGCGGCGGGCGCCGUGGGGACGUUGGGGUUGACGACGCUUUUGGAGGUGCGGUUGAUGGAGGCUAAGAAGUUUGUGAAGACGCGGUAUCGGCGGACGGGGAGUGUGGCGGAGGCGGUGGAGGCUGUGAGAGAGGAGGUGCGGAAGGGGGGUAAUGAUUAUGUGGAUGGGAUAUUGUUUUCGAAGGAUCAUGGGGUCGUGGUGACUGGGGAACUGACGGAUGAGAUGCCGCAGGGCGGGAGGGCGCAGACGUUUAGUGGGCCGUGGGAUCCGUGGUUCUAUCUCCAUGCGAAGGAGAAGACCGCGGCGGUCGGGCAAGAAGCACAGGCGGAUUAUGUCCCACUGGCCGAGUACCUGUUUCGCUAUGAUCGGGGCGGGUUCUGGGUCGGCGCGGCGGCGUUUGAGUACUUCAAGAUUGUGCCCUUCACGAGGUUCUUCCGCUGGUUUCUCGACGACUUCCUCCACACGCGCAUGAUGUACCGUGCCCUGCACGGCUCGGGCGAGAGCGCGCGGUUCGUGGUGCAGGACAUCGCCAUGCCAUUCGAGACGACCGAGCGCUUUGUUGACUACACGUCUUCCGAACUCGGCAUCUGGCCGCUGUGGCUGUGCCCGCUAAAGAGGCGUGGCCCGCCCACCUUCCACCCCUUCACCACACUGCCAGAGGGCAUUGAGAGGAAGGAGGAGGACAUGAUGCUCAACGUCGGCGUGUGGGGCUGGGGCCCGUCAGAGCCGGCCGAGUUUGUCCGGAAGAACCGCGAGCUGGAGAACAAGGUGCGCGAGCUGGGCGGUAUGAAAUGGCUGUACGCACACACCUACUACCCGCAGGACGAGUUCUGGCCCAUGUAUGGCGGCCGCGAGUGGUACGACCAGCUGCGCGCAAAGUACAACGCCGGUACCCUCCCAACUGUGUGGGACAAGGUCCAUGUUGACCCGGAGGCGGCCGGCGCAAAGCAGCGCCACUGGCUGAAGAGACAGUCGCCGCUCGGCGGCUUCUAUGGCAUCUACAAGAGCAUCCAAAGCAAGGACUACAUGCUGCAUCGGAAGGCUCAGUGGAAGUGGAAAAGCGAGUGACACCCGGCGGAGUGUUCUGAUAGGUUGGCUAGAUGGAAGGAUACACUGUAGUAAUAGCUGUACCCAAUAUCAGAUGGAUGUACAUCGUACCGGCAGAUACCUAAGGAAUAGAGAACUCAGUAAGCUGCGA